AGAAAGCCCAUUGGUCGCUGAGUGCGGCCAGGCACUGCCUCGCGCCUGUGGGGGACGCCACGUGCCGGGGGCGGGAGCAGCGAUCGCAGCUAUGGCGUCGUUACUUUGGGGAGGCGACGCAGGGGCGGCGGAGAGCGAGCGGCUGAACAGCCACUUUUCAAACCUCAUCCACCCCCGGAAGAACCUUCGGGGUAUUAAGACUACUACAGUCCCAAACGUAGAUGGUUCUAUUAAUAACACUGAAGAAGAUGAUGAAGAAGAUGUAGUGGAUUUGGCAGCUAAUUCACUUUUAAAUAAGCUAAUCCGACAAUCCUUAGUAGAAUCCAGUCACCGAGUCGAAGUUUUACAAAAGGAUCCCAGCUCUCCACUCUACUCUGUGAAAACAUUUGAAGAGCUGCGGCUACCCCAGAAUCUCAUAGCCCAGAGCCAGUCUGGAACAGGAAAAACAGCUGCUUUUGUCUUGGCAAUGCUAAGCAGAGUUAAUGCCUUGGAAUUGUUCCCACAGUGCCUCUGCCUGGCUCCUACUUAUGAAUUGGCUCUGCAAACUGGCCAUGUGGUUGAACGGAUGGGAAAAUUCUGUGUGGAUGUUCAAGUGAUGUAUGCCAUUCGAGGCAAUCAAAUUCCCAGAGGCACUGACGUCACCAAACAGAUUGUAAUCGGCACUCCUGGGACUGUCCUAGAUUGGUGUUUCAAGCGAAAGUUAAUUGAUUUGACUAAAAUUCGUGUGUUUGUCCUGGAUGAAGCCGAUGUGAUGAUCGACACGCAAGGAUUCUCGGAUCAAAGCAUCCGUAUUCAAAGAGCUUUAUCCUCCGAAUGCCAGAUGCUCCUCUUUUCAGCGACCUUCGAGGACUCUGUGUGGCAGUUUGCAGAGCGAAUCAUUCCUGACCCUAAUGUUAUCAAGUUACGGAGGGAGGAGCUGACCCUGAACAACAUCCGGCAGUAUUACGUGCUGUGCGAGAGUAGGAAGGACAAGUACCAAGCUCUGUGCAACAUCUAUGGCGGCAUCACCAUUGGCCAGGCCAUCAUCUUCUGCCAGACUCGUCGAAAUGCCAAGUGGUUGACUGUGAAGAUGAUACAGGAUGGCCACCAAGUGUCUUUGUUAAGCGGAGAGCUGACUGUGGAUCAGCGAGCUUCCAUCAUUCAGAGGUUUCGGGAUGGGAAAGAGAAAGUUCUUAUAACGACCAAUGUCUGUGCUCGAGGGAUUGAUGUGAAGCAGGUCACAAUUGUUGUGAACUUUGAUCUCCCCGUAAACCAAGCAGAGGAGCCAGACUAUGAAAUCUACCUCCACCGCAUAGGGCGGACGGGACGCUUUGGGAAGAAAGGCCUUGCCUUCAACAUGAUUGAAGUGGAUAAGCUGCCCCUGCUUAUGAAGAUCCAGGAUCACUUUAACAGCAAUAUUAAUCAACUCGACCCUGAAGAUAUGGAUGAAAUUGAAAAGAUUGAAUAUUGAAGAAAGAACUUUAUUGUUUGUGAACUAUCCUAGUUUAUGUGAGAAUGUCCCAGUGGGUUUUGAAGGUAAUUUUUUAUGUUGAGGCUUUUUCAACGUGAAACUAUUACAUAUUGCAAAACAAAUGUUGUGGUAGCCUUAGUUUUAAGACCUGGGGUCUUUUUGAAACCAAAUUGAUGUGAAGCAUAUGGUCCUUUUGAAUAAAAAAGCAAGAUUAUUUCUUAUUCUCAUCUUUUGACAGGUAAACAUCUUUGUGUGGACCACUGGGAUGUUUUUGGAUUUAGUUUAUAGAAUCUGAGCCGAUUGUGCCUCUUGUGAACAUCUUACAGUGCCACGAGAUGGCAGUAGAACUUUACUGCUUUUUUUGGAAUUUGCGUUA